GGAGGAGGGAACCGAAAGGGCAAGAGUAAGAAAUGGCGCCAAAUGCUGCAGUUCCCACAUGUCAGCCAGUGUGAAGAUCUUCGACGCAUAUUGGGAACAGAAGGGUGAAUGCAAGUAGAAGAAUGACAUUCAGCUUUUUACAAAAUUGCAUGGCCCUGUACUUCUCCAUGAAUCGUUUGGGGCAUGGCAGCCAGCUUCUGAUUGCGGGGGCUUGGAGAGAGAUUGGUAGCUGUACUGAUGCAUCUGUACCCCUGCUUUAGUGGAAAUCUCACUGAGCGGGAUUACUACAGUUUGUGUGAGAAGCAGCCGAUUGGUCGUUUGCUCUUCCGGCAGUUUUGUGAAACGCGGCCAGAGCUGAACCACUGUGUCAAGUUCCUGGAUGCUGUGGCAGACUAUGAAGUGACCCCUGAUGAAAAACGGAAGGAGUGUGGGCAGCACCUGAUCGAGACUUUCUUGACCCCAAAGAGUGCAGACCAUGUACCUGAAGUGCCCUUGCAGCUAGUCAAUCUGUGUUCUGAACGGCUGGAGCAGGAACCGUGUAAAGAGCUCUUUAAGGAAUUGACCAAGCUCAUCCAUGACUACCUGAGUGUGGCACCUUUUGCCGACUACCUUGAUAGCAUCUACUUCAAUCGCUUCCUGCAAUGGAAAUACCUGGAAAGGUGGCAUGUGACCAAGAACACUUUCCGCCAGUACCGUGUACUAGGAAAGGGAGGCUUUGGAGAGGUGUGUGCUUGCCAGGUGCGGGCCACUGGAAAGAUGUAUGCCUGCAAGAAGCUUGAGAAGAAGCGAAUUAAAAAAAGGAAGGGGGAAGCCAUGGCCUUGAAUGAGAAACAAAUACUGGAGAAAGUGAACAGUAGGUUUGUAGUAAGUUUGGCCUAUGCAUAUGAAACUAAAGAUGCCCUCUGCUUGGUCUUGACCCUCAUGAAUGGAGGGGACUUGAAAUUCCACAUCUACCACAUGGGAGAAGCAGGCUUUGAGGAGCCACGAGCUGUCUUCUAUGCUGCUGAAAUCUGCUGUGGCUUGGCAGACCUCCACCACGAGAGGAUAGUGUACAGGGAUUUGAAGCCAGAAAACAUCUUGCUGGAUGACCAUGGUCACAUCCGCAUUUCUGACCUGGGGCUCGCUGUUUAUGUUCCGGAGGGACAGACGAUAAAAGGUCGGGUGGGAACAGUUGGCUAUAUGGCUCCUGAGGUGGUGAAGAAUGAGCGGUACAUGUUCAGUCCUGACUGGUGGGCCUUGGGAUGUCUGCUGUAUGAGAUGAUUGAGGGCCAGUCUCCCUUCCAGCAGCGCAAAAAGAAGAUCAAGCGUGAAGAUGUGGAGCGCCUGGUGAAGGAUGUGCAGGAGGAGUACUCGGAGAAGUUCUCACCUGCUUCCCGCUCUCUCUGUUCCAUGCUCCUUUGCAAAGACCCAUUGGAACGGUUGGGAUGCCGAGGUGCUGGUGCCCAGGAGGUGAAAGAACACCCUCUCUUCAAACACUUGAAUUUCAAACGGUUGGAAGCAGGAAUGCUGGACCCACCUUUCAAACCUGAUCCCCAAGCUAUUUAUUGCAAGGAUGUAUUGGACAUUGAGCAGUUCUCCACGGUCAAGGGGGUCGAGUUAGAGGCCAUAGACCAUGAUUUCUACCAUAAGUUUGCAACGGGAAGCAUCCCCAUCCCCUGGCAGAAUGAGAUGAUAGAGACAGAGUGUUUCAAGGAGCUCAAUGUCUUUGGUCCAGAUGGAGUAGUACCUCCUGACCUAGACUGGAAAGGGCAGCAACCGCCUCAGCCCAAAAAAGGUCUACUCCAACGUCUCUUCAGCCGACAGGACUGUUGUGGAAACUGCAGUGAAAGUGAAGAGGAACCCACUCGCCUAUAGGUCCAGCCAGCCCCUCCUUUCUCCGAGCCUGGCCAGGCAACAAACAGAAUCGGCAAAGGAAGUAGUACUGGCCUAAGAGUGGCAUGGUUUACCAUCUGGCACAUACUAGCCAAAUACGGGCUCAUCAUUUCAGGGUGGAAGCAGACCCUCACCCUACAGAGGAAGUGCUCCAGGACUUGGUGGGGAGCAGGCCCCUCUGCAGAGGUCUUCAGUGUGCUGCUGAGGGAUCUCGCCCUGCCACACCUCUUCCAUAGCAGAGAGGUGGUGGCAGGCGCUGCUAAGGAAACAUUCCAGGGCUGGCCCUGGGCCUCCCAUCUGCUCACCUGCUGGAGUUUGUUUUAUAUAUUUAUAUUGAUAUAUCUGUGAAUGUAUGUAUAUAGCAUAUGUAAAUUUUUAAUGGUCAGGGAGGGGUCCUUCUGCAUUUCUCUCUUCUCCCCCCUCCCACUCUAGCCUGGUGACGUUGUGCACCAACAAGCUCCAAGAACCACAUGAGCAGCUUUGCUCCCCAAGCAGUGGGUCCUCCUGGCCCUCUUGAAGCUACUUGGACGCUUUCCCAGGGCCCUGUGGAAUAUCCAGCCUGUCUGCUGGUGGGCUGCAUGGAGAAGUCAAGGGAGUGCAGCAGCCAGUGCUCCUGGAGUGUCAGUUCCCUGUGGACUCAUCAGGCCAUCCGGAUCAUGCUUCCCCCCUGCCCCUGGCUGGCUGUGUUGCCAUACUGCAUUGUGGGAGUAUUGGCAAUAUAGAAUCCUCCCUUUGGGCUUAAGACAUUUCUAGGCAGCAGGCACAGCUUUCUCUUGGACAGAAGCUUGUGGGCUUUAUUUCUGGGCCAUGGCUUAAUAGGAGCAAUUAAGUCCUAGAACUACUAGAAUAGCGGAGACGGUUCCAUCUCUGCUGGUACUAUUCUGGUUUCUAGCUCUAAUCUUGUGUGGAAUUCCAUUAGGAAUUGGCAGGGGGAAGUCUUUGGGAAGGACUGUAUCUGCGGUUUGUUUGCUGGGAACCUCCAUAGGAACUGAGCUUCCUCUUCCUCUCCAGAAAUGACAUGAUUCUGUCUGUGGCAAUAUUUUCCAAAGGGAUGACCAUAAAAGGGUCACUCAUUGCCUGUGCCAGUGUAGGAACAUGUGCUUGCUUAAGCCUAGAAUCUGGAGCUCUCUGCACUCUUUUUUUUUUUUUUUCUUUUUUUUCUUUCCUUUUUUUUUUGCCAAAGGACAGAACAUCACAAGAUGUGAGAGAAUUGUGAUGGAUCUCUCAACAUUUUCAUUUCAUUUAUUUUACUGUAAAACAGGUGCUGGAGGCUCUGGAUUUGGAACAGCAAAGCUGGAGGACAGAGUCAACUAUCUUUCCCUUCUACCAUUUCCCCCAAUCUGAAUUCACACACACACACACACACACACACGCUGCCAUUAACCCUGUAGUAGAAAAAAGACAAAUAUAUUUGUGUGUCUUCCCAUGGAGGGCAAAUAACAGUUUUGGAGGUAGAGUAUAAUUGGUUUGGUCUCGUGUAGUUUGGCCCUUUGGUAAAGAGCACAGUAAGGGGUGGGAUGGGGGAUAGAUAACUUCUGUCCUGGAUCUCCUGGAUCUUACGUAGCCUUGCCAAAAAUCUGGUCCUCUUUCCCCAUGGGAAUCUCUUCUCUCUUUUUCUAUAAACAUAUAGCCACAUUUGUGCCUUCAUAAAGCUCAGCCUAGCAGGCUUAUUCCUCCUUGCCCUCUGUUCUAAAGGUUUGCAGUCUUAUCCUCUCCCCACCCACCCCAUGUCAAGUGUGUGUGUGUCAAGCUUCUAGCAAUUAGUUCCUCCUUUUGGUAUGUGUGUUGUGUGGCUGCCUUAUUGCAGGGCUGUUAACCUCAUUUAUUUCCCAGUUUACCUGUGGUAUCCCAUGUUGUAUUGCACUGAUCUUGAUAAUACUGAAACUGUUUAAUUUAUUUGAAUCUGACGACAUGUUGCUGUAGUUCAGAAGUGAAUACAUCACUAGGUGUUGAGCAGCUUUCUUACUGAUGCACUCCCUAGACAUGGGUGUCAACCAGCCUUCCUUCUGAACCAGAAAGUGCAGCUUUUUGUGUAUUGGUAAAGCUUCUGUCAUUGCCUUCCACCCUUGAUUGCUCUCUGUCCCUUCUUGUGCCUCUGACAGCCUGUCAUACUACUUCAUAAUUAUAUUUCAGUGUACCUUUCUAACCCCUUCCCUUGGAAGUUCUAACCGAACAUAGGAGACAUAUUGAGACCUCCCUAUGUGUGUUUCUUUUUUUGAUCAUCAUUUCCUCAAAUUUAGUUGCUCCUCAAGAUCAUUUUGGGCUAUCUAAGGUUGAGGAUAUCAUGUAUGAAUUGCAGUUACUUGAUCCGAAACAGAGCAGAUUCACAUGUUUAGCUCCAUCUUAAAAUGUAAAGUUUUUUUAAAAUAGCGAAAUAUAGGUAUAGUGUUCCAGCUCUGAAUAGAGCAGGUUCAGAUUUUUAAUAGAAACUUUAUUGGUUAGCCACCCCAUAACAAAUUGUUCUCUGGGCGGAUCACAACACAACAUUAAAACAUCAAGAAAAAACACAUAAUGCAUGAAAUCGCAACACUACAACAACAAAAACACAAUUUAAACUUUUUUAAAAAUCCAAAUUUAAAAGGCCUGAGUGAACAAAAGGUCUUUACCUGGUGUCUAAAAGAACAAAGUGAUGAUGCCGGGGUGGGACUGGAGUUCAAGCUCCAGCAGUGGAAGAUGCAGAUUUUAAAAUUUUUUGAGUGGUUUUUAAUGUUAAAAGGAAAAGCACUGUAGAUGUUGUGUUCUGGCUUUGGGAUACGGAGAUCUUCUGUCCAGUCUGGAACAAGGACCUAACUGUAUUCCUGUGUCCAGUGUGACAGUAGGUGUAAGUCUUUCACUUACUGGCAAUCCCAGUAAUUAAUUAGGAACCAUAUUCUGGUAAUUUAAAAGUUGAAUUGAUUUUAUCAAGGUUGCAGCUGUGGGUUAAUCUUAGUGAGCUGCAAGUUAUCUCUCCCUUUCAUGCUGCCUGCAGCUUCCUGUCUUGCCAGAACUAGAGUUAGAGCAAUAUGUUUCUAAGGUUAGGAGCAGUUGAGGCCACUUCUUCAUCAAGGAUUUGCAUUUGAGAAUGUCAAAAUUCCCGUCUGAUGUAUAGACCUAACUGAUCUCUUCAUUUUACCUUGCUCUGGAGGACCUAGUUGGGCAUUCCUGUUCUGGUGGUUGUCUUUUAACCUUGUCUAUAUCUAUGCUUGUUCUCUUCCUACCCACUUCCUGUCAAGUGAUAUCUACUCUUGCAUUUUCUUAAGUUUUAUCAGGCCUAGGCUGCUCCAUAUUAGCACCUCUGUGAAGUUCUGUAUUCUCUUUCUAGCUUCUGUGUUCUGACCUGUGCAGCUGCUUAGCAGAAAUGAACAGUUAUAUGAAGAAAUGUGUGAUCUGAUGAUGACCAUGGGAUGUUUGAUGCAGGAUGUACCUUGUAGAAAGGUUGGAAAUUGUAACAUGUAUCUAUCUACCUGCUUUGCCCAGGCAAAACUGUUUCUGGAGCUGCUCUUCUUUUCUCCCCUUCCUACCCUAUUUCCCUCAAGUGAGACUGCAGGAAUAAAAGGACCUCCUUCAAAAUUA